GCGAGAGAAUCGAUCGGCGACCGAACGACCCUCGCGACACGACCGCGGCGCACGUUGCCGCCCCGCGCGCCAGUCUGUUCUAAACGCUCUCCGUGUAACCUCAAAAUGUUCACCGAAAAACAAGAUUUAAAGCUCAUUGGCUUAGUCAAAGACAAUACAGUGCUCUACGACCACAAUAACCCCCAGUACAUGGACUUUAAUGCAAGAGAAGUCGUCUGGCAGAAGAUAGGCGAUGAACUCAAGCGACCCGCGGCCGCGUGUAAGCAAAGGUGGAUCAACAUCAGAGACAUUAAUCGGCGUAUAUUAAGGAAAAGAAUAAGCAGCUCCGGUAAGCGAGUGAAGCUGUAUAAGUACGAAGGGGACCUUGAUUUCAUGAGGCCAUUUUACAGGGAUAUUUUGAUACAGAACGGCGAGUUUCCGUGGGAUGAAAAGAACCAAAGGGACUGCGAUGUGGAGGACGACCCAGACAUCCCUGAUCAUAAUACAGAUGAUUCCAAUGACGAAAAGCCAAUAAAGGCGAGAGGUAAGAAGUCUGGUAUUAAGAAAAAGAGAAAGAAGAAGAAAUACGAGGAGGUUGAGGUAGAGAAUCCCUCAGCAAGUAUUGGGGAGCCGAGUACGGCGGGGCUCUCGGAGUUUGACGCCUGUGACCCGGUGGACUCUUUCCUUCUGAGCAUUGGAGCCACAUUGAAGACCUUUUCUCCAUACCACCUGAACGUGGCGAAGAGUAAAAUAUUCGCUAUUGUCCAGGAACAUGAUUUGCAACAGAUUGUGCAGAAGAAAAGUGAUAUGAACGAUAAAACUCCUUUAAAUAUGAUCUAAGUUUUGAAUAAGUUCAC